UUUCACUUCGGUUGGUUCCAGGAGACACAGCUAUGCAGAGCCAACUUGUGUGUAAUGGUUGUAGGAGCAUUCUGCUUUACCCUAGAGGGGCAACCAAUGUUUGUUGUGCAUUGUGCAACACAAUCACCGCUGUGCCUCCACCCGGAAUGGAUAUGUCUCAACUUUAUUGUGGAGGCUGUAGGACAUUGCUAAUGUACACACGUGGAGCUGCUAGUGUCAGAUGUUCCUGCUGUCACACUGUAAACCUUGCUCCAGCAGCUAAUCAAGUUGCCCACGUCCCUUGUGGGAAUUGCCGGACAACCCUCAUGUAUCCAUAUGGAGCUCCCUCAGUCAAAUGUGCUCUUUGUCACUAUAUUACUAAUGUCAAUGUAAGUUUAUACUGACCCAAUUAUGUUAAU